AUGUAUCAUAUUAUACUGGAUACGGUGAAUGGAAAGAACUAUUUGUCUUGGGUGUUAGACGCUGAAAUUCACCUAGAUGCAAAAGACCUUGGUGAUACAAUCAAAGCAGGCAAUAAAGCAACAAGUCAAAACAAAGCUAAGGUUAUUAUAUUUCUUCGCCACCACCUCCAUGAAGGUCUUAAGAUUGAGUACUUGACUGUGAAAGAUCCACAAGUCCUUUGGAGUAAUCUAAAGGAAAGAAUUACUUCACAGUUGAAAUUAUGUGGAGAGAAAAUCACUGAUGCAGAAAUGCUAGAGAAAACAUACACUACCUUUCAUGCGAAUAAUGUUGUCCUGCAGACACAAUACCGUGAAAAGGAAUUUAAGAAAUAUUCUGAACUUAUAUCUUCGAAUGCGGCAUCCCAUAAUGGGAAAGAAAAACAUCAUGCCAACAAUAGUGGUCGUGGACGUGGACGUGGAUAUGGACAUGGUCGAGGUCGUGGACGUGGAUAUGGAUAUGGUCGAGGUCGAGGCCGAGGUGGUUCUUUCAAGAAUUCAUAUUCCCACCAGAAGAGGGACAAUAAAGAUGAUAACAAACAAGAGAAAGAUAAAAAUGAGAACGUGACCAAUGUAUGCUAUCGAUGUGGAGGAAAAGGUCAUUGGUCUCGUACGUGUCGUACACCAAAACACUUGGUUGACCUCUAUCAACAAUCAUUGAAGCAAAAGGGAAAGAAAGUAGAAACAAAUCUUGUGUACGAAGAUGGCGAAGGUGACUUUGAUUGUGGCAAUACAACUCACCUGGAAGUUGCUGAUUUCUUCACCACCCCUGAAGGGAAUAACUAA